AUGUUGCGUCCAGUCCUGCUAGCCACAUUUCUUUUCUUUCCUUCAAUAUAUCUUCCACCAUGCUCUCUUUUGUCAUAUAUAUUAUCUUCCUCUUCUCCGUCCUUGGCUAUGGCUCUUGCCUCUGGCGACGAGCAAUCACAGUAUUCGCUCGUGAAGCAAGGAUCCCUCUGCAACAGUAAUACCCCGAAGCAUCCCGAUUUCUGCCCCCAUAACACUCCUUUACAGGCCCAAUCAGAAGCUGUUGGUUAUUCUCAAAAUACAAAUGGGGCCACCUGCCUUGAUGCGUUUAAUUUUCCACAGGUCGAGGCCUCUUGCUUACAGUCUACUGGGGUGAUUGACCAAGAAAAUCAAUGUAUGUCUAAUCAAUCUACUGAGAAACCAUCCUGGCAUUUGCAGUGGUAA